AUGACAAGCUGGCAGGGCACCAGGUGUCUGCUCGCUGCCAGCACGCCCAUUCUGCAGAGCCGCCUGCUCGCCUAUUCCCAUGUGCUGGUUCAGCUCCAGGGGGAAGUGGUUCAGUUCAGAGAGCUGCAAGUGGAUACAGAGACAGGAGGGAGAGUCUGGACCAGCAGCAGCCCACUUCCAUUACCCGCAUCCAGCCCCACUGUAAUCUGCUGCCGCCCAGUCCUACUGGACCCCAGCAAAGCCACUCUCCUGCGGCCACAAAGUAGGAAACAGGAUGGUGGCUAAAAUAAAUAAAAAAAUCUGUGUGUGUGUAUGUCUGUGUUUGUACUUGUCUCUGUCUAUGAAUCUUUGCGUGUGUAUAUCUAUUUCAGUGUGUCAAAUAAUAUUUUUUUAUAAUAAUACUUUGAGUGUGCGAGAGAAUGUCUGUCAGUGUGUGUAUGUCUGUGAGUGAGUUUACAUAUAUCUGUAUGUUUUUGUGUGUAUCUGUCUGUCAGUGAAUGUGUAUGUUUAGGUCACCAGCUCCCCUCCAAUCACAUCGGCUCCGUAGCUGAAAUGAUCAAUCUUCACCCUUACCAGAUUUAUGAUGAUGUUUAGUUGGAGUCUUUUUCAUUGAAAAAGUGAUGUAGAUUAUCUGGCCACUGUGCUGUUGGUUUCAGCUGGUUGAACCUCAUGUAUUACUGUAGUGGUCUACAUGUUGCUAUGAGAAUAAACACCAGACUCACAAUUUCAAUAAGUGUUACCCUUCUUUCUUAAGAUCUCUGGACGGAAGGCUUCAGGUGUCUCAUCGAAAAGGUUUGCCCCAUGUUAUAUACUGCCGUCUCUGGAGGUGGCCAGAUUUGCACAGUCACCACGAACUACGAGCCAUGGAGAUGUGUGAAUAUGCAUUCAACAUGAAGAAGGAUGAAGUUUGUGUUAAUCCGUAUCAUUAUCAGAGAGUGGAGACACCAGGUACAGAGUGCAUGUAACAGAGAACAUACAUUUUAUGCAACUAUAAUAUUAGUUUUUUAUGUUCAGUAGUAAGUGUUGCAAAGAGAUAGUUCAAUACAAAGGACAAGGGUGUGUGUGGCAACUAAAGGAGUUGUAGUGUAGAGCAAUAUAAUGUCUGUCUUAUAUACAAGUUAAAUAAAUCACUUGGAUUGGAUAUGUAUGUAAAAGUUAGGGGAAGAUUGGUAUGGUAGUACAAUUUAUGGAGAUAUUGAGAGAUUCCUUAGGCGUCUAAAGGAAUGAUAUAUAUACAGGGUUACAGACAGAAAUUAAAAAAUAAUUGAAAGUGAAUUUUAAAUGUAAGGCUAAAAUCACUAAACUGGAAAAAUUAUGAAGUCAGCUCUGUCCCACUUUGGCUAAUUUGACUCACUUUGAACUUCACACAAUAUUCUGUUUUAGUUGAUAACUGCGAUAGUGUAACAGAGGGGUGGUAUGAUGACUUAAUGGAUCUUUAGGAAGACUUGAAAUUGUGUGUAUUUGUACAUUUCACAUGCAUUUCAUCAGGAAAAGCAAUACAAAUGAUGCAAUUGUAACGUAUGUAAAAAUGUAUAAUAAAAAGCUAAUGUACACCAAAUAGCAUCAGGGCCUGGGAGCUUACCCAAGUGUCAAUUGGCCAAAACCGCAACAUCCUCCCUGAUUAGAGAUGUUUCAAACUGAAAAGACAAAAUAGCUUUUUACAUCAUUUAUAUUAUUGUCUGGGGCACAAAUCGUGUAUUUUAAGCAUAAUACAUACAUCUCUGAUGGUUAGAAAGUAGUUUUGGCCCUACUGUGUAUCAUUAUUAUUAUUUGUGCACAAUAAUUUUAGUACCUAUUUAUUUUCAGUUGUGCAUCCCACUAGUAUAUAUUUACUUGUUGAAUCUGUUAUUUUGUUAUCACAGUUCUUCCACCAGUGUUGGUCCCAAGACACACUGAUAUUCCUGCAGAAUUUCCUCCUCUUGACGAUUACAGUCAUUCCAUCCCUGAGAACACCAAUUUCCCAGCAGGCAUUGAGCCACAGAUAAACUACAUUGCAGGUCUGUUUCAAAAUUUCAAAGACAGGGUUAACUGUAACGUUUCUUUUCUUGAAUAAAUUAAUCGUAUACAAGGUAUAAAUUCAGACUGAUUUUUAAAAUGUAGGCCAUCAUAGCUGAAUUAGAAAAAAAAAGUAAGCUCACUGGCUUUUGUGAAAAUGUAGCCUUGGUGAGUGUGACACAGACUAUCCAGGCUUUCAGUGGCUAGUACAUUUUAAAGUCUGGCUAGUAGUAUAGGUCUUGGAAAUGUAAGCCUUGUAUAUAAUAUUAUGUGAGUUUGGGUAUGUAUUGUAUUAAGUUAAAAUAAUAAAACACUGAUUUAUCCACUGAAUAAUUCAGUCCAUCGGAUUAUUUUACUGCAUUUUGGCUGAUUGGUUCUUACCAUCACUUGCUAUCUGGCUCAAAGUUGUGUUUUUAUUGUCACUAUUGCCUCCUCCACUUUAAAACACUGUCAGUACCUCAAGUGGUAAUUGCAGCUGGACCCCCUAGCUUGCUUAGAUAAAAAUAAUAGUUGGUAUUAUACUAUACAUAAGCAUUUUUAUUGAAAGAAAGGUUUUGUGAUAGUGCCACUUUAACAUUGUUUGACCAGGUGUGGCCAGCAAAUGGUUUCCAAUUGCUGUUGAACUACAUUUGCAGGGAUGAUAUGCCAGCUCAUUCUAUGGAAGAUACGUUAUACCGGAGAGCUGGUGCUGUUAACUAUCUCAAUUUUUAGCAAAUAUGUAAUUUCUAGACUGUAUUUAUUACCACCCUGCUGUGUGAAAAGGUUCUAUCUUGAAAGCUUACAUCUUAAUUCUGCUCUAGUAGCCAAUUAACAUUUACUCAGAUAGUUUCCUCUUAAUUCAUCUCUUAUUGUAAUAAACCGUAGGAUGUUCUAAUAAAGAUAUAUCUUUAAUUUCUUUAGAAACCCCUCCUCCAGGUUAUUUAAGCGAAGAUGGGGAAACCAGUGACCAAAUGAAUCAUUCCAUAGACACAGGUGAGAAUAAAAAAUGGAAUGGAGAGAGAUGGUUUUGUGCAAUUUCUUUUCUUUUCUUUUUUUUCUUCUUUCUUUGGUUCUGUUUGGGUCUAUGUUUAAUAUGAUGUACAUUGUUUUUUAGGAUCACCGAAUAUGUCUCCAAACUCAAUGUCCCCAGCACACAGUAACAUGGGUAAAUAUCAGUGUUCUUCCAAAAUGCAGUCCUUAUUAAUUACGAACACAAUCUUUUAAUUUCAUGUAAUGUAAAAGAAAAGUAGACCUUAAAUGAGAAAAAAACCAACAUAACUUGUAUAUCAAAAUAAUAAUAAAUCUUUAUCUUUUAAGUUAAAUUAACAUAAUAAUGCAUCUGUUUACCAUGUUGCUCACAUGAACAUUUGGUUGGUAGUACAUGGAUUGGAAUCUGUUUUGCUGAUUAUGGACCAAGGUAAAUGCAUGUAGGCAACGGAUGGGGAUAUGUUAGCGUUCUUGGACAAAUUAUAUUUGAAAUUGCUGGUUAUGAUCUUCAUUUAGUUUUGUAAUAUGAUGAAUCUUGGAAUUUGAAGUAAUACCAUGAACAUCAGCCAACCUGGUUUCCCACUUCCUAUAAACCAUUUAAAAAAAAAAAAAAAAAAUUUACUGGAUGCAAAAGAAUCAACUGCAGUACUUUCAAGUUACUAAGAGGACUAUGCGCUGAAACCCUAAAGGAAAAUCCAAUUAGUGGGAUUAAUCUGGAAUACGUUCUAUGUUUUGCAUGUAGUUUCAGUACAGUGUGGUCCCACGAUCGCUUAUCAGUUCUUGGCUAUUGCGUUGUUCUGUCUCUGGCUGUGUGACUCAGGCUUUCCCAUCUGCUAUGAGUUCUGCUGCAAACUUCUGAUCUUCCUAAAGUCUAGUUAAUCCGGUCUGAGCCGAGAGCACAACAUAAAUGAAAUAUGCUUUGUUUCCUGCAGGUAUGUGUUAACACUAUACCUGAUGGCAAAACAUCCUAGUUAUUACUCAUAGAUUGUGCAUUUGAACAGUUUUUCUUAAUCCUAAAGAAUAUGACAAGCAUUGCUAUGUAUAAAAUAUGUACAAAACAAAAAAUGAUGGGUUUAUAACUGUCGCAGAGCUCCAAUGCUCGACAGAGUAUCUCUGCCCACCAAAACAUUGGUCAAAACAUGAUAAAGGGUGAAAACAGGAAUGUUUUAUUUGGUCAAAGCACACACAUUUAUACAAAGACCCCCCCCCCGACAGAUCUUACCCAGGUGCCUCUCUGCCUGGGAGAUAUCUAGAUCGAGAACCGCUAAUCUAAUUAACCUCCAGACAUGAGGGUGCCUUAACAAAAUACCCCAAAAACAUAUUUCUGUACCAGUAAACACCACCUAUAAUGUAUUCCCAGAUAGUUCAACCUGACAGCUCAACAAUAUGUAGGAUUGCAACCUGGUUAAAAUUCUGAGCCGAUGACUAGUUACAUGCAGCCGGCCUGAGUUGGUGGGUUGCUCUGGAGGACCUAACCUGUACAGAUAUUUUUUCUGGGUGGUCGGAUUUCAGGGUGCUUGGUCUGGUAUUGUCUUCUAUUGUCUUCUAGGGAAAGGCAAGAGCCACAGUAAGGUAAUUAGAAGUCUUUUCUGCUUAUAGGAUAGUCUUGUUACAAUAUCUAUCAGUUCAAAAUGUUUGCUGUGAAUCAGCAUUCGUUGUCUAGUCUGUCUGAUAAAAGAUUAACAUUUUAUCUACUCUUAAGAUGGGUGAUAAGAUUUGAUUCUCAAAGAAGACGGUGCUCCACAGAGUCUAACUUAUUAUGCAUAUGUCAGAAGAAUAUAUACCUUCUUAUGCGGAAUUUGUUGCCACUUUAUAAAUAAUAAUGUCACAUUGGAUGCAUAAUUCCUUUUUAGGGGCUCAAUGUUCCCAGUCCCUUUACCCUAAGCUGGUGUCCCUUGUUUUCUAGCAGCUCAGAUUGUUUUCAUGUGUUUGUGUAAAUAAUCAAACAAAUGCAUUUCUUUUUCCCUCCAAGCAUUACCUUCUUCUUUCUAAAAUUGCAUUUGUAAUUUUGGAAAAUAGUAAUAAAUAAUAGUAAUAAAUAAAUAUAUAUUUAUAUACGGUUGUGCAUCAUGCACAUAUCUCAAAUGGGACCUUGUCUGCUUUGGCACACAGUAAUUCUGCAAAAUAAUGUUUCCACAAUCGAAGGAUACUUACAUAUUUAAACCACAAUUCCCUGAACUUUUUUAAUUUCAUGUACGGUAUAUACAAAUGUCAGUAACAUUAAAGCAUGACUGACCUCUUAACAUUUAGAGUGACAGACAGUAACCUAAAAAAACCUGCAUGUUUCACACAACCUCUGGCUUGACUGGUCUGGAAAACAAUAUUGGUAUCCUGGCUGUCUCUUUUCUAGUUGGGUGGCUGACAUGAUGUCAUAAAAGCCAAUAGGAAGCACCUGUUUGUUGUCUCCAGAGCUUAGCAAGAAACACUUCCUGGAGCAGGGUGCUAGGAUAUUAUGGGAGCUGAAUGACUAAACAGUGAAUUGUUCAAGCUUGGCUACUAUGGGAAACAUUUUGGAAUUCACUUUUCAUUUCACCCAUUUUUAUAAAUAAGAGUCAACUACAUAGGCUAAAUUUGGGCAUGCUAUCCUAGAACAAAUAAAAUUUGCUGCACAGUUUUGUUUUUUUUUCCUUUUUUUAUAGAAAACUUUCUUCUUGUUAUAGUAAAUGGAAGCACCGAGAAACAAGACCUUUAGUUUUACAGACCCCAAAAGCAUUUCCUGUUUCCAGGAUAUCCUCAACUUGCCACAUGAAUCUAAUCACUGGCUUAGCCGUUUUAUGGCAUCACCUGUCAGCCAUUGUGGCUUAAGCUGGGAUACUCUGAAAAUCUGCACCCCACACCCACCUCGAAUUCUAGAGGUUGAAAUGUUACAAAUACCAUUUGUAAAGCUCAGGAAAGACAGAGGAAUUGAAUAAAACAAUAUAGUACCGCAAUAUAUAUGUUUAGGAGUGCAUUUACCUUUUUAAAUUUAACAGCAGAGUUUAUGAUUUACAGUUAAAACAGCCUUUUGAUUAAAAGUGACAAUAUCACCUUACAUAGAAACAUAGAAUGUGACGGCAGAUAAGAACCAUUCGGCCCAUCUAGUCUGCCCAAUUUUCUAAAUACUUUCAUUACUCCCUAGUCUUAUCUUAUAGUUAGGAUAGCCUUAUGCCUAUCCCACGCAUGCUUAAACUCCUUUACUGUGUUAACCUCUACCACUUCAGCUGGAAGGCUAUUCCAUGCAUCCACUACCCUCUCAGUAAAGUAAUAAUCCCUGAUAUUAUUUUCAAACCUUUGUCCCUCUAAUUUAAGAGGGACAGAAAACCUGUAUUAUCAACAGUAAGGUGAUGGAUUAAAUAUAUUUGUAUGGAUUCUGUUUCACAGUACAGCACAGUAGUGUGAGCAGUUUAAUAUGGGUAACAAGACAGCUGGAUCUAUGACACAGGAAAGUAAGAGGUCACAUGUAAAGCCAGGGACCCAAGUGUCUGAACUUGGAGUGCAAGUUAAUAAACAUUUUAACUCUUUGAUUGUCACAAAGAUGAGCAAUGCAACAAAACGAUAAAGUUAUGACUGCAUGUGAACCAGGUGCUGCACGUCAUGUUUAAACUAUAAGCCUAAAUGUCUGAUUACGGAAAGUCUGCUGUGAGCAUUGAAUAUCAAUGUGUAUUUUUACAGCAAAGUGGAUUGUCAGCAAUUCUCGAAGAAUAAUAUAUUACGAUAGCAGAGCAUAUUAAUAUUAAUAUAAACAUGCCCCCAAGUGAUCCCCUCCUAGUCCCGUGGAACUUGGCCGGAUGCAGUGUUUAGGUCAGGCGGUUUGGUUUGGCAGAAAGCCAUCUCUGGAUAUAUGAGGGGCCUGUCCUUAUCAGAAAGGUUGUAGCCUUGUGGGAGUGAAAUCAUCCUUUGUUAACUCACUCGCUCUCUUUUUAAUUUUUUUUGUUCUCUCUCUUCUGAAAAACGCUGCUGUUCUAAAUAGAGUAGGCCUUUGGUCUUUAGAGUGUCAGAGCAGUAAAUUAUCUCAUUGUCUCACACAUUACAGAAAGAUGGCAUUUAUUCAUUCAAUCAGAAUUUGUGGAAAAUUAAAAAAAGAAAGUGCAUGUUUUGGGCUAGGAUAGUUGAACUGGUAAAAACCUCUAGUUCAGCUGGGUUUGCAAUUUCCUUGCAUGAUGCACUAUAAUUCAUUCUGUUUAAGUUUUAAGAAUGUGACACAUACUGCCACUUAUAUGCCAAUGUCAUUUAGCAAUGAAGAAUGGUCAGUUUCGUUUGUGUGACAGAGAGGUAUUUUAGCAGGGUAGACCCUUUGCAGAUUUCUUACAUUACCAUCAUCUUCAAGCAGGCAUAGAAUGGCAUUUAUAUGUUAUACUGGCAAAGAGUUAAAAGGUAUACUUACUUGAUGUUUGUUGUUACCUGCUUUAAAAUUGUCUGACUUAAACACAUUCACUAACUCACAAAUGCUGAUGAUGGCAUUCUACAAUUCCAAGCUUGCCGCACGCAGCAUGCGAACAAUCAUCACAUCCUGCCAUCCACAUUGGGAGAUCGAGGAUGGCAACAUAUUUGGAUUCUUACUCUGUCAGUGUUGCGGAAUUAAAGGGACACUAUAGUCACUAGUGCAACUACAUGUAUUCCUGACCCUAUAGUGUCAACACAACCAUCUAGCCCCCCUGUGCCCCUCAUGCCUCCAUAAAUAUAUUAAAAAUCUUACUGUAUUCAAGCCAGAAGCUGUAACUCUGCAUGCGGUUUGCCUAAAAAAAAACCAAAAAACAGUUUGCUGACAUCAUCAGAAGUGGUAGCCUGAUCCAAUAACAAUGCUUCCUCAUAGGAUUGGCUGAGACUGACAAAGAGGCAGAUCGGGGCAGAGCCAGCAUGAUUCAAACACAGCCCUGGCCAAUCAGCAACUCCUCAUAGAUAUGAAUUGGAUCAAUGAAUCUCUAUGAGGAUAGUUCAGUGUCUGCAUGCAGAGGGAGGAGACACAGUGCUGCCCUGUGCUCUGCUGACAGCAGAUCUGAGUGGAUUGAGGAGUUUUAUGCCUCAAUCAACUCCGAAGUCCCUCUGGUUCACUGUGAGUGACUGCAACAGGAGGUGUUCCUAGCUUUCAAUGUAAACACUGUAUUUUCUCGGAAAAUACAGUGUUUACAUGAGAGAGGCUGCAGGGAGCUAUAGUUCUCACCUGAACAACCUCAUUAAGCUGAAGUUGUUCAGGUGACUAUAGUGUCCCUUUAAGAUUAAAUAAAUAAUACGUGUUUUUUUUAUCUGUACAUUUGCUAGCAACUCCAUAAGCAUAAGGUGUAAUAAUUUAAUGAUUACAAUUUUACAAUUAAACUUGCUAACCUAGAUAUAACCUAAGAUCAUACUUUGAGGAUACUGCAAGUAUGGUACUUUUCUAGGAAUAGCAUGCUCUUCGUGACAAUGUGUGUUUAUUAUAUGCUAUCCUAGCAACCUACUUUUCUACCCCCACCCUUACCUUUUGUGUCACUAUACCCCACUGCCUCUAGCAUGUAAGCUCAUUGAGCAGGGCCCUCAGUCCCUUUGUUCCCGUGUGUCCAACUCGUCUGGUUACAAAUACGUGUCUGUUAGUCCACCCAUUGUACAGCGCUGUGAAACUUGUAAACGCUUUAUAAAUAUUAAUAAUAAUUAUAUUAAGCUUUAUUAAACUGGCUUAUAUAUAUAUAUUUUUUGUAUUUUGUGUAGAUCUGCAGCCAGUGACAUACUGUGAGCCAGCCUUCUGGUGCUCCAUUUCCUACUAUGAACUUAACCAGCGAGUAGGUGAGACCUUUCAUGCCUCUCAGCCCUCCAUGACAGUGGACGGAUUUACAGACCCUUCAAACUCUGAGCGUUUCUGUCUGGGACUGCUCUCCAAUGUCAAUCGAAAUGCUGCUGUGGAGCUGACCCGACGGCACAUUGGUAAACUUAUUUCUACUAGAGCUCUGUGUAUCUCAUAGCUGUAGUAAUAACUUUUUGAUAGCCGUUUCUUAUCAUUUUGGAUGUUCUUUUGCUGUCAUUGAACCUAAACCACAGUCAUUUUUUGUCCGCUGUCCCUCUCCGUUAUUUGUCUGAAAUUCAUGUAAGUAAGGAAUUGCAUUUUUUGCAGAAGAAUUGCUAAGCUUUUGUGAAAUAAAAUAAAGAUAUAUAAAAAUAAUUCUCCCUUCUUGCUAAUUCUCUGGUUAUGAAAACAUUUCCAUCCUGGACCCCUUAAUGUUGGGGGAAAAAUUUUAGUCAAUGUAAGGAGUUUGUAUAUUCGGUAGGAAAAAAGAAAAUCGUCAAAAGUUUCUUUACUCUUAACUUGCAGGUUGUGCAAAUGCUUCUCAGCAUCCAAACAGAUGAAACCAUUUGAAAAGUAUUAUAUAUUGCAACAAUCUGUAUCCCUUCUUUUUACAAAUGCCUGUUCUAAUCCUACUUUCAGGCAGAGGAGUGCGUCUAUAUUAUAUUGGAGGUGAAGUGUUUGCUGAAUGCCUUAGUGACAGUGCAAUAUUUGUACAAUCUCCAAACUGCAACCAGCGCUAUGGCUGGCAUCCAGCUACCGUCUGCAAGAUACCACCAGGUAAGCUGAUACUUUAAAGGAACACAAAGCACCAUAACAACCAGAGCUCACUGUAGUGCCCUUGCACCCUCUCCUAUCAUAUGGAGUUUUUGAAAUGUUUAACGUCUUACCUGGGAUCCACCAGACGCCGCUCACUUAUCCACUACCAUCAGAGACCUGGAAAUUUCUAAGCAGGAACUUCUGUUAGCUCUGCUGAGAUCAGCCAUGCCAGGCAGGGAUUAGCUCAUUGGCCUAGAGUUGAACUGAUGCUGUCAGUCAGUCAGAUAAGCGAUGCAUUGCAGGACUAAGCAGAGGAGAGCUAAUGGAAGUUCCUGAUUAGGAGCUUCACUCUCUAUUGUUGGUAGUGGUGGCACGGAGUGGCGCUUAGCACACCCAUGUAAAAAGGCAAACGGCUCAAAUCGGUUUGACUCUUUACAGUGGAGGGCACUCCUGAGACCAUAACAACUUCAGUGAGCUAUAGUAGUUAUAAUGCUUGCAGUGUUCCUUUAAGAUCCUUGUUUACUACGAGAAAUAAUGUAAGUGGUCGCAGCUUAAGUGUAACAUGUACUAUGUCAUUCAGAUACCUUCACACCAACGAACAGUAAGACACAUGUCACAAACACACUGCUCCAUACACAUUGCUACUUGUAUGACACUUCCUAGACAUACACUCACUACACCUCUCAAACUGUUUAUAUAUUGUACUUCAAAUCAGCAGCAAUGGAAAUAUCUCUGUAUGGACUAUUUAUGUCUUUGACAAGAGGAAAAAAAAUAAAAGUAAGCUGGCAUAGCUACAUUAGGCACCUGGCAUGCAAGCUGGGAAAUGUACUGUACAGUGAAAUAACCUUUUUAUCUCAUUGUCUCUAAAGUUUAGAAAUAAUGGUUUAGAGUCUAAACCAAUAGAAUCCAUUUUUAAUAUAGGGACUACAUAGCUUCUGCUAUUAGAUCAUCUAAUGCUGUGCCAUAUCACCAGGCUUGGCACAUCAGAUAUUUACAGAUUGUCUGGCUAAUAUACACCAUAGAGUUACAGGAACAGACUGAAACACGGGUACAAUGUUGGUAAAGGUAGCAAUCAGUCAGACACUCAAUGUUUGCAGCACUGGAAAUGUCUUCAGCUGGAAUCUAUCCGCCAUUUCUUCUGAAGGGGAAUAUAAAAAAACAAACCAAAAAAAAAAAAACACUUUUGUCAUGUAAUGUCUCAGGAAGACAGCAAUUCCCUCCAUAUGACACAUCUCAGACACAUACAUUACUACACAGAAUGGAUGCACAUUGUAAAAUGGUGCAGAGAAACAACUAGUAACAUUUGGGGGCACAUUUCCAAAGGUAGAGCAAUCCGUAGGGACAUUUUAUAGGCUCUAUGGCAACUCCUCCACUUUUAACAUGCACAGUUUUUUUGGUAUGACACAUCAAGCAUACACUGAUUCCAUCACUGAAACAGUGACAUAUAAUAUAUAUAUACUGCCAUGCACUGCCUUCUCAAAAUGUGUAUUUUCAAUUGGUCCUUAUGAUUUCUUUUAAUUAUAUCUGGGGGUUUUUUUUUUGUUUUUGUUUUUCAGGUUGUAACCUGAAGAUAUUCAAUAACCAGGAGUUUGCAGCACUUCUUGCUCAAUCUGUUAACCAGGGAUUUGAGGCAGUUUAUCAACUGACCAGGAUGUGCACUAUACGCAUGAGUUUUGUCAAGGGAUGGGGAGCGGAAUACAGGUUUGUGUUAAAGAAUGCUUAUAUAAAAUCUUCUCUUAGAGCGGUCACUUGUGCUUUCCUAGCAGGAUAGAGCUGUUACCAAAGACCGGAUCUAUAUAAAAUAAAUUGUUAAUAAGAUUAUUUUUGUUAACUUUGCUUUAUUCUGACUAUUUAUCCAGACGUAAUGAUGAUCUAGUUUAUACAUCAAUUUAUGUAUGAAACACACAUAUAUAUAUAUAUAUAUAUAUAAUAUUCCUUGAAUAAUUAUUUAAUAAGCAAUGAGGAUGACAAUUUCAGCAUGAUAAUCUUUGUGUGUCCGUUUGUCAUCUGGAGUUUCCAUUUCAGUACAUCUAUAAAAAGGAAGAGUGGCACUCUUACAUUAUCAGAGUCAGUCAACUGGGCACACAAAUGCUUAUUUGUUUCUGUCAGGAUGAUUUACAAAGGUGAGAAUUGUCAGGGAAUUAAAUUGAAUUUUUGAAAUUCACUUAGAUUUUGUUUGGAAUUCCCAGCAAUUCUACUUUUAGUAAAUAACCAUGUGUGUGUAUUACUCAUACUUUGUGUGUGUAUUUUGGUUUGUCACUCUUGGUUUCUGUGGAACUUUGUUUGUAUCAGACACAAUCACAGAGUAAAAAUAAAUGACAAACUGACACAUGAACAUUUGUAGAAAAACAAACUUUAAGAGGGCACACAGAAACAAAAAAAAAUCCAAGCUGACAUGCAUACACAAUUGCACACAGAGCAUGACAAAUGAUCAGUUUAUGUUUGUAUUGUAUUAUUACUUUUAGGUUUUAGGUGUUUUGUAUUUUGUGAUAGUUUGUUCUGAGUGAGUGUGUAUUUGCCUCUGACAAAAUUAACAUUCAGUCAUAGAAAUAUGAGCCAGUGACAUGCCCAUAAAUGGACAAUGACAAAGUUGUCACAUUGUGUAGCAACUUGACAGUUCCUGUGUUUGCCUUUCUCGUUCUUUGUAUUUGUCCAUUUGUUGUGUGUUUAUAUAGUUGCUAUUUGUAAGUUUGUAUCAAACAAAAUCACUGAGAAAUAAUGACAAAAACACAAUGACAAUCUAACAAAAACACAUAAAAACAAUGGCUGAUGGAUACUUGCACACUUACAAAAACUGAGAAUGACAAACUGAAACAAGUACACAAUAACCAAGAAUGACAUAUUGACAAAGAUAUACAACACAGAAAUUUAGGAUCGCUAACUGACACAAGUACACACAUACAAUACACUAACUGAUAAAUCUAAACGUAAAUAAAUCAUUUUCACCGAGAUUCAUGCUACGACAGAUACAAACACAAACUGGUAGCAUCAAACUAAGCAGUUUUGUAGCAAAGUGGUACUUUCCAAUAUAUUCAUUAAAAAGAAGUAGCCAACAGCCACAAUGCACCAACAUAGCUUGUGCGUGUUCAUAUGCAGUGGAUGGGGCAUUCAUUUAUAUCUAUAAGCUGACUGCAUAGAGACUAAAAAAUAAAAAAAUCAUAAUGUGUAAAAAAAAAAAAAAGUAUAUUUAAGUAGCACAAUGUAUAUGUAAAAUGGGUCUGUACCCAUUGUAAUUAUGUCUUCCUAUGCAAGGAGCGCUUUAAGACAGGAUUCUUGCUUACAAAUCUGUCAUUAGGUCAUUCAGUGCUUCCCCUGCCACUUAUAUCCUCAGAGUUCUAUUUAUCAUAAUUAUUUAUAUAAAGGAAGGACUACAGUUUUAUGUAUGUCUAGUAAAUAGGAUACAAAUAAGCAGAUUGUACAGGUAUUUUCACAAUACUGGGCAAUGUUAUAAAUUGGUCGUUUGAUUUGUCACAGAUGUUUUCAUUGGCCGAUUUUCCUGUUAAAUGUUCCAUUUUGCAUGAUGCCUCGCUGGAAUUUUUUUUCCUUUUCUAUUUGAAGGAGUAUGGAUAAUUAUCUUUGGGGUCUGUUUUAAAAAAAUAUUGUGGCAAUGGUAAGUAUGCCCAUAGUGACCAGAGAGGCGGUGACGCUGUGACAGAUGUCAUUUUGUGGUGGGUGUAACAUACACUGACUGCCAGAGUGAAACAUUUUGCUAUUGUGGGAGCAAUAGAGACACCCAAAGCAGAUCCCAGCUCUGCCUGCUGACUUCCAGAUGUUCAGUGACCAUUAUGCCAUUAACCUCUUAGUGCCAGAAUAUAGUAUAUUGAAGCAAAAGCACAAUGAUCACAUGCUGGUGUGGUCCUGGAUGGGUUAAAGCUAAUCUUCCACUCUUGACAGUCAGUUUCAGCUCUGGCCAGGAGCCAGGGGAACUAAUGGAACCCAGAUGUGCCUCUGUUUGGCAGCCUCAUUAUGGAUCUUGAGGUUUCAUUCUCACAUUUCACUCACUAUUUCCUUGCUUAACCCUUUUGGUACUAAAUCAUUGCACAUUUCCUUAAAAACUAGCCUUAUUAACAUUUAGAACGACUGACAAUCAAACCAGAAACAAUAUAAAAAAUACAACUUGAAAGUCUAAAUAUAUUGAGAUCAAGUAGGAGAGUUUUCAACCUACCAAGAGCUACUCCCUAGACUAAGUUAAGAUUUUGCUAUUUGUUUUUUUUCCUUAUUAAUCUAUUUUGAAAUACAUGUGUCAGUGGUAAUGUUGUAAUAAAAGAAAAACAAAGAGUGCCGGGUUGUCCCCUAGCACUCCAUAAUGUAAAGUUAAAAUAAUUUAUAACUGCUCUGUACAUUGCUUUUCCCCAGGCGUCAGACUGUCACAAGCACCCCCUGCUGGAUUGAGUUGCACCUGAAUGGUCCCCUGCAGUGGCUAGAUAAAGUUCUAACACAAAUGGGUUCGCCAAACAUUCGCUGCUCCAGUGUCUCCUAG